AUGACUUCACAUGGUCAUGGAGAUGUGUAUAUAUAUCGUGGAGAGAGAAGGCUGAGAACCAUCUACAACUCAACAGUGACAGAUCAGCAAGUAACAGACUACGAAACCAUCUCUGAAAUGAAGACAAGAAGCUGCAUUGCCCUUCUUGGGCUUGUGCUUCUCAGCUGCCUUUCUGAUACUGUUGUUGCUCAACAAAGGGCCUCCUGCAGCAUGUACCAUGGGUAUGGAAAAAUGCAGCAUGCCUGUCCCCGAAACUUCGAACCCGUCUGUGGGACCGACAGCGUAACCUACCCCAACGAGUGCUCCCUCUGCAAAGAAAUCUUCCGUAACCGAGCCAUUGACAAGAAGCACGAUGGAAGGUGUGUUAAGCUCGACUGUACCGGCUACCUGAGAUCAACUGAUGGUGAUGUGACCUGCACCAUGGAGUACGAGCCCUUCUGCGGCACCAACGGUGUUACCUACAGAAACAAGUGCCACUUCUGCAGUACUGUGGCGAAUGGUCUGGACGUAAACCUGCGCAAUGUUGGAGAAUGCUUCCAGCAGAUUGACUGCAGUGAACAGGAGGGCAACAAACUCCUCUGCACCGCUAUAUAUAACCCGCUUUGUGGCUCCGACAGCAAAACUUAUAUGAACAAGUGCCAGUUCUGCAGAGCAGUUUUGCGGAGUCGUGGAACUCUGUUCCUCAGACAUCAUGGUGAAUGCUGAGUGCUGGAGCCACGCCCUUUGCAAUGAUUUUUCCUGCACAAACACUGCAAUUCAACACUCUUCUCCCCGCUCCCUUGUAGAGGGACUGUUGGGCAUUGGUCUCUGCUUUGAUUAAUCAAUAAAAUGAACACAGCCGCUCU